GGAAUGAGUAUGUUUGGAUUUGACAAACUCAAGGAAAUUGCCACUAAAGGUGUCAGAAAAGUAGUUAAUCGUGAUUUUAUUCUGAAGAAACAAAUUGAAGAAACCGACCAAGAUCAGGACAUUGAAAUCAUACCUAAAGAUGCAAGUUUGGAUCCUUCUUCAUAUGAAAAUUUUGAGCAAACCCUUAUUCAAGAGAACAAGAAUUUAAAAACUCUUGUGAGUGAGUUGCUUCAAGAGAAAGAGGAAGUGGAAACAAAGCUGACCAAAAAUGCUAAAACUUUAAGGAAAUUUAAGGAUGACAAUGAAGAUUUGAGAGUGAAUUCCUUAGCUUUAGCCAGCCAGAAGCAGAUCUUACAAAUGAAAUACAGUGAAAUCGAAGGUUCGAAAGGGAAUAAAACAGAUGAGACUGAUUCAAAUCUUUUGAAAAUUGAAGAGCUCGAGAAGGUAAUUCAGCAAUUGAAGGAUAGCACAGCUUGCUAUAAGUCUGAAAAUAAUAAAUUAAAGAGAGAAGUUGAGAAUAUAAGGGCUGAUUCAGAAGCUGAGAGAAAAAUAUUCCAAGUUAAUGUCAAGUCUGAAGAGAAGUUCACAGAAGCUGAAUUUGUCAAGAAAGCAAGGGAGCUAGAAUACCUGAUUCAUACCUAUGGGACUAGUAUUGAGAACAAGCAGGAUUACUUAAGAGAAAUUCUUAACACAAAGACUGAUAAGACUUAUUAUCUGAUGAAGGCUAAGAUAUUGGAGAAAGUGGCCAAAAACUCUUUCGUACAGCUGACUGUGAUGCAGCUAAAUUUCCAGAAAGAGAAAGAGGCGCUGAUUUCAUCAUAUGAGUCCCAGCUCAAGGAGGCCAGAGAACAAUUAGAACAGACCAAGGUUUCCCAUAUUCAGCAGCUUGAGAGUAACAGUGCAAGGGAAGAGAUAGUCAAGCUAUCAAAGCAGUUGAGCAAGACCAAGCAGGAAGGACAGAAAUACAAAAUUUUAGCCACAAAAUUAAUGAAGAUGAAAGCAGAGAUGGACACCUUGCGCAAACAGAACAAAGAGACAGGAAGGAUUCUAUUUGACCUCAAUGAAUUCGCAAGGGAAACAUGCCUAAAAGGUCUCAUUGAUACUAAGAAGAAGCUCCUUGUUUUCAACGAAGCUAUUGAGUACCUAGAUAACGAAGCCAAGGAUGCCAGAAAAGUUGUAUUUAAUAAGAAUAAUGAGAUUGGCAAAUAUUUUAACGAGGUUCAGAGCUUAAAACAAAAACUUGUACAAACAAGUACGGAAAACCAAAGUCUCCGUGAUCAGGUAGAAAUGCUGUCUCAACAGCUAGAAGAUAUGGAUGAUAGGAGGGAAAAUUUGAAUACUCGGAGUUAUACAGAGACACAAAAUGUUGGCACAAAACCAGCACAAUCUACAUCCAGAGAAUUCUCCAGGACCCAACACCCUCAGCAGCAAGAGCUCCAGCGAGCGAACAAAGGUGAAAGCAGAGAUGUUGCCGAUGCGUUUAAAUUAGACAAUAUAAUGUCCUCUUUCUUCUCAGCAUUUGGAGGUGGCAACGACCGAAAUGAAGCCCAGUUGCAUAAUCUAUGGGGUCAAGACUCUGUUGAGGAACAAGAUGAAGAUCAAGAAGAAGAGUUUACUCAAUUCAACAAGCAAAGAGAGGAGCCAGAGGAAGAGGAGGAAGGUAUAAGUUUUCCAAGCAAAGAGACUGGGUUUUCUUUCCCAAAAUCUCAAGUUCGUACUUUCCCACAGCCAGAUGACUCACCAGAAGAGGAUAAGAAUUCCAUUGAUGAUGACAUUGAAGUUGACGAGGUAGGGAUCGCCUUCCCAGAAGUAAAUUUCGAAGAAGCGAAGACUACUCGAGAGAAUCCUAAAGAGCUAAGUGUUAAAGCUAAAGAGGAUCCAAAUCCUAUUGAGCAGACUUGGGGAAAUCCAGAUGAUGACUUGGAGGAUGAUGAUUUCUUUAAUAGCUUCAAAAAGAAUUUUGUCCAGAAAUCUUCUUCAAAGAAUGAACCUCAAAUCAAAGAGAAGACUAUGGAGCAUAAAGCCGUACUUCCAGUUAAGGAAAUCAAGGAUGAGCAAGUGACUAGCAGUGAGUUAAAAGAUAGUACUGCAAAGGAUGAUAUAGAUGAAGAUCCGCUAGCUGAUCUUCCUUCAGAACAGGCUGAAGACGACCUUGAUUGCCAGCUUGAAGAUGAGCUUGACUGUCAGCUUGGAGACGACCUUGACUGUCAGCUUGGAGACGACCUUGACUGUCGGUUUGAAGAAGACCUUGACUACCAGCUUGAAGAAGAGGGCUUGGCCAAUGAACAUUCACAUGAGGAAAAUAAGACAGAGGAAAACCAACAAGUUAUCCAAGAGAGUUCAUUAGAUGAAAAGCAGUCACAGGUAGAUGAAACCCAGGAGUGAUUAAAAGUACAUGAAACACAGGAGAUGGCUAAGAAGGCUGAAUCGGCUCCUGAACAAGUUCAACCAGAGCUUCAGCAGAAUUUAGCUGAAGAGCCUGGCAAAACUAGUCACUCACCAGCAGAGGUAGCGAAUUUGGUAAUCGAUGAGACUGAGCAAGACUUGAUCGAGGAAACUAAAAAUGAGUCAAACUAUGAGCAACUAGAGGAAUCACCCCAAAUCCUCCCGCUAGAAAAUACUGAAAAAGAGGAGGAACAGUUACCAAAACUACAUGAAGACUCUAUGGCUAAAGAGCAAAAGCCUAAUCCAGAGCCAGAGCUUACCGCACCAAUUCUUGGUGACAGUGCAGAAGAACCUGAACAAUUAUCCCCUCAAAGCCCACAAUUGGACGAGCUUGAAAAUGGAUGGGGUCAAGACCAAGAAGAAAUCUUCCUCGAUGACGAAGACGAUAAUUUAGAUAAACCUGAAGAAAUCCAAUUAGAACAACCUCAAGCUACGGAAGUGAAAAAUGUUGUAGCUGAAAAUCCUGAAGAGCAUGUACAAAUUGAACCAGGAAUAACAGAAGAAUUUCAAAUUGAUGAUAAAGCAGAAAACCAACAGGAGGAAAUUAAAGAGGAACAACAAGAAGAAACUGUAGAAAGUCAGCAAGAAGAAACCAGAGAAAUGCAACAAGAAACAGAAGAAAUUCAAAAAGAAGGUGUCAAAGAAUCCCAAGAAGUAGAACCAGAAGAACUUCAACCUGAAGCAGUCGAAGAUACCUGACAGGAGGAGUCUGAAGUAGAACAAUUUGAGGAACAUAAAAUUGAAGAACAACCGAUUCUUGAAGAUGAAAAAGCUGAGGAAAUAGAGCAAGAAAUGGCUAAGGAUACACAAAAAGUACCAAAAGAUGUAUUAUCUGAACAUUUACCAAGCUCUGCUAUUAUACUUGGACAUAGGACGGAUGUACCAUAUCUCUGAUAUGGUAUAAAUGCUGAGGAAAUUGAGGAACAUCCGGCUACAAACAUAGAUGACCCUCAAGUUGAACUGGAUGAAGAGCCUCUCUUGGAUACACCUCCUGAUGAAAUUAAGUCUCCAAGAGCUGAUAUAUCCUCUCCUAAGCAAGAAGUUGCAGAAAAACUCUCAGCUGAGAAAACACAAGAACAUCUUGAAGAUUUAGAGCCAGAAGUUGAUGAUAUCUUACCUGAAGAGCUUGAAGAACUGGGAGGAUGGGGAUCUCAGAAUGAAGAUGGACCUCUCGAUGAUAAUAUCCUUGACGACGAAGAAGUAAAGCAACCUCAGCCAGAAGAAAAUAAGGAUAAUGAAGCUGUAGCUGAUGACCAAGAAGAUAUAGACCUUGACCUUAUGGAGCUAGAUAUGCAAGAAGAAGCAUGGGGAGAUGACCUUCUGCCUGAUCCUUCUGAUGACAUAUAA